CGCUGCCGCUGGAGAGCCGGCCGCCCCGGGGCGGGCCGCUGCGCCGAGCCGGGCCGCGGCUGGUGCGUCUGUGGGAGGGUGGGCUGCCCCGGUGCCCGUGCCGCGGGAGCGGAGCCGCUGUGCAGCCUGAAAGCGGGGACGUGGUGAGGGCGGGUUUCCCUGGCACUGUGCUUCCCUUCGCCCUCAGCCUGGGCCUGGAACUGGGGCUGUCCUAAGCCUGCCUGGAGCAAGGUGAGCAGUGGGUAUUGAUAUGGACAGUGUUUCCUCAGGCUCUUCUCUGCAGCUCCUUGCCAAACUGCUUCUUGAUGCUCACGAAGAUGAUGAUGAUGAUGAACAUGUGCCACACUGUUCUGUUAGUGCCAUGACUCCUAGUAGUAUUGGACCAGUAAAGACAGACACCACUGGUACUUUUCAAGUGAAAUCUGAAAACAGGAAAACUAUUUGGAAUACAGAGGAGGUCCCAGAAGGAUCUGAAUUUGAUGAUACCUGGGACCCUAGAGAACAGCCUGAGUAUCAGAUUUUAUUCAAACAGUGUGUGGGAACAGAGGACGUCUUCUUUGGGAUGAGCAGGAAAGACCCUUCCACAGCCUGCUGUGAAGAUGUAGUGAUUAAAAUCAAGCUGCCAGAGACAAAGUACUCAGACAUCGCAUUAGAUAUCCAGGACAAGGUUCUUGACCUUCGAACUCCCAAAAAGAAGCUGCUGCUGCACCUCCCGUACUGUGUAGACAGCAAGAAAAGUAAAGCUCGUUUUCUCUCUGAAGAGGAGACCUUGGAAGUCACCUUGAGAGUAUCGAGGAAGUUUGAUUUCAUAAAUUUUGUCUGAUGGAUAGAGAAAUAGAGAAAGUUUGCAAAAAGUAACCUCUUAGUUUGAAGUCUUCUUGAAACCUAACUGGUACUGAAAUAGUAGAUUGUUUCCCUUGAGCAGUCCAGGGGGAAUAUCCCUGGAGAAAUUGAAUGAGUCAGGAGGAACAUAGCACCCAUACAUUCUAUAAGCUGAGGCUGUCCAGCUCUUGCGCUGCUGUGGUUAACGUUCUGCUUCCUUCAGUCUGAUACAGGCUCUGUGAAUCAGAAAAUAGGAGACUACAAUUCUGUAAGCCGGAGAAAGUCUUUUUGUGGUUAUGCCUGAUAAGUAGCACAAUGAGGCCCUGGCCAAUGAGUCCGGUGCUCAGUUACUGUUGCAAGACUUGCAAGUGGUAAUGCUCUUGCUUGGCCUCCAAUGCUGGGACUGGGGUCAGUUCAGAGUCUCCUCUUAGCUACUUCUUGAUGAGAAGAUCAAAGCUCUUCAGGGAUCCAUAUCCACAUCUGAGGCUCCUUUACACUGGCAGAACAAGGUAACCAACUGUAGUUGGAUUGUUGAACAGCUCAGCUCUUUUGAAGAAUUUUUGACAACGUAUGGUUCAGUGUCAUCUAUUCACCUGCUGUCCCUCCAGCUAUUUUUCUGAUCUUUCUUGAUUAAUAAAAGAGUGUGUUCUAAUGAA